UCAUGUUGACAUUUCGAAUAUUUUUCGCUGUAAAAAUGGAAAUUGCCCAAUGAUACCAUGAACAACUUUCAACAUUUUAGAUAAAUUCGCCAUGUAUUUUUUAAGACGCAAGCUUGAUUUUAAUUCAUUAAACACCAUUAUACGAUUUUACAGUUUAGCUAGAAAAACUCACUACGAUGUCCUAAAGUUGCGCAAAAACUGCACGGAUAAAGAAAUCAAAGAAGCGUUUAUUCAAAUGAGUAAAGAGUAUCAUCCAGACAAGAACAAAGAUUCAGCCGCUCAAGAGAAGUUCGUCCGGAUUGUGGAGGCCUACAAUGUGCUCAGCAAGCCUGGGAGCCGUGCCCGCUACGACAGCAUAAACGAAACUUCAGGCUCCACUUAUGUUUAUAAAACACAUGUGCCAUACAAUAUACGAAGAAGUCAACAGAGCUACUACUACGAGAAUCCCACCCAAAAGACACAAAGCACCACAGAUCAGAAAGCGUACUACGGCAUGAGUGGAGUGAAGAAGGUGCCGAACUAUGUGAUCAUUUUGAUGUGCUGUGGACUGGCAUUGGUUGGUGUUUUUGUGCAGGUGUUUGUUAUAAGUGAGUUAUACGUAGUACAACGCCGUCAGGCUCAUGAAAAGUCCAAGUUUCUCGCUGAAGAACUGGAGAGGGUGCGCAGCGCGGCACAAGGCAAUGGGAACGAUGUGCAGUCGCGACUCUUGCUAGAGAAGAUAGUGACGGCUGCCAACCCCACGGUCGCCACCGCCUCACUGGGCCAGGCGCUGGCCAGCGAGAAAAAGUGAUCUUUUGAUUCUUUUAGUUCAAUUGGCUAAAGCCUGGUCCGUGAGCACGUAGAAUUUUGUCCAAUGACCCCAAGCUACCCAUCCUUAUCACUCGCGCGUAAUUAUGUUGCUGUCGCGCUCGCACACUCACUGCGGGCGGCCGUCGCACAGUCGCGACAGCAACAUAAUUACGCGCGAGCGAUAAGGAUGGGUAGCUUGGGGUCAUUGGACAAAAUUCUACGUGCUCACGGACCAGACUAUAGUAGUCUCAAACGUUUAUUACAUGACCCAAUACAGGGUGUUAGGUAAAUGGGUAUAUGAGCCGACACUAGCCCAUGUUAACAUGGACAUAUAAAUGGUAUGGUGAAGUCAGAAAAUUGAUAUCUUUACUUUAAUAAUUUAAUUUUCAUGCAAAUCGGAUUUUAUAAAAUUUAUUUUGUAUGAAAAUUAAAAUAAAUUUAUUGACGAUAUCAAAAUUCUGACCACCAUACCAUUUAUAUGCCCAUGUUAACAUGGGCUACUGUCGGCUCAUAUACCCAUUUACCUGACACCCUGUAUAGUAGUCUCAAUGAAAAAUUACAGCAUAAGGCUUGAUUUCCUCAAGACGGAGAGGAGAAGAGACGAAAGGGGAUGCGUAAAUUAAAUAAUCAGAUUUCGUUAUUUGCACAUUCCCCUCUUUGGUCAGAUUCAUUUCUCUCUGCUCCUUUGACACCCGAAAGCGUCAUUUCGAGCACUCAUAGCUUACUUUCGUCUCGGCUUCGGUGGAAAUAACCUGCCCUGCCAGUGUCUCGUCUCCUCUCCUCCGCUUUGGUGGAAACCGGGCCUUAGAAUAUCGAAUCGAAACUCGAGAGUGAAAACAAUGAAGUAAGCCGUAAUUGAGGCUGCUUACUUAUAUUUUUAAGAGACACGUGAUUGUAUUUUUUGACGAACUGUAUUCCUUUUGGAGCGGUUAAAAUUGUUAUAUUUUUAUAGACACAAAAUUAAAAGGUGUUUAAAUGUGCCAAUAAUAAACGUUUGAGAUUAGGUUUCGAAUGUAGACGCUGUACGUGAACUAAUUGAAUGGUUAUUUUUGUUUCUGCGGCUUACAUCAGACAAAAAACCUUUUUUGAACCGAAAACAAAACCAAACACCAAAACAGUGAAGGCCAAGUUCUAGAGUUGUGAAAAUUAUUGCUUUAAAAUUUUUAAAACUCAUCUAUUGUCUGUUAUCCAACUCGGUGAUAAAGCGAUAAUAAUGUUGCUAAAUGUACUAAAAAAGUACCUACCAAUUCGUGCGCGUACAGUAUGUAGUAAUUAGUGGAUUAUUAGUUCAAUUUACUAAAAUUGACCAGAAUUUUGUGUUAUUUGUUUAGUUUGUUGUCCAUUUUAUGGUUUUGUAGGUAGACUGUGAAGUGUGUUCAUUAGUUUUUGAAUUCUUUUUGGUUCAUAUUCAGUAAUCAAUAGUAAAACAAAAUGUGUCUCCCUGUAUUUAUUAAAGUCAUAAAAGUAGAUAUUUGAGUUCAUAAUAUAAUAAUGAAGUUAUUUAAUUUAGUAGAUCUGGUCAAUAAAUACCUACAGUGAUAUUUUGUAAAUAUAGAGUAAAAGUUGUUACAUAUUAAUCAUAAGUAAAUCUUUUGACUCGAACAAUUGAUUCUGUAGAGUAUAUUAUUUAUUUUUAUAGCUACCUCGCAGUUGUAAAUAAAAAUUUUGAUAUGUUGACUAUUGAGAUUUUAAUAAAAUUUAUCAGUAAGUA